AUAUAAACUCUCUUCUACGUUCUCCCUCAGAUUCCCUCCUUUUUUCCAUUGAGGAUGCAACCCCGCCCAGACACAAACAAAACUCCAUACAUCCCAUGCUUCCUUCAGUUAAUUUCAAGACCCAAUUUUCUGGUUUGACUUGCCAGCUGCUUGCUGUUGUUUUCUUCUUUCUGCCCUUUUCUCUCAGAUUUCUCCAAAAACGGGGCUUUCUUGGCGCCCUUUCAGUCAUUCUUGAAUUAUGCCUACACUUUUCUUGUGCGUAAAAUAGUCUAAAUCAUAGAGAUAGAGAGCGAAAACAAACAAAGGGUUGUCGUUUUAGGUUGUAUGAAAAAAGCCGCCUCUUUUAUUUAUUGGGAUGUAAAGAAUGGCGGGUGUAAGUAAUGGGGUGAAUCCGGUGAUGAUGGGUACGGGUGAAGUGGACAGCCCUGGUUCGGGUUCGGGCGGGUUUGAAGCCCGGCCCAUGAAAUUCCAGAACAACCAGCAGAUUAAUUCGGACUGGAGUGAUGAAGAGCAGGCUAUACUGGAACAGUGUCUUGCCAAGUAUGCAGCAUAUAAUUCGACAAACAUAGCUCGCUAUGCAAAAAUUUCAUUGCAGCUGAAUAACAAGACAGUCCGUGAUGUGGCAUUGCGUUGUAGAUGGAUGGCUGUAAGUGGUUUCACACCCGACUUUUUGGAUAAUAAAUAUAUCAUUCAAUUAUUACUGCCCUCACGAGAAGAAAAGUUUUGAGUUUUUUCUGUUAUUAAAGUUGGGUAGGUAUAACAAUAAUAAGGCUGGUUGAGUUAUUGUUUGUCCUUUCUUUGUAGAAAAGAGAGAGCGAGAUGAAAAUGGAAAAGGAUUCAAUUCCAAUUAGGAAGAUGACCGCUGAUAAAAAGGUCAGUUAGUCAUCUCAUUAUUAUGUCAUCUUUAUGC